AUGAAGCUCUCUUCUCCUAUCUCGGCAGGCGCUCUUGCCAGCUGCGCACUGGUGCUGGGGCUCUUUGCACAGGAUGUGGUGGCGCUACCGUCGCCCAAGUCGUCGUGGGUGCGCAAGGGCCGCAGUCGUAAGGCCAUGGCCGACAUUCUCAACGGCAAGACCAAGGGGAAGCGGUCCGGACUGUGGCAGGACGCCUGUGCCAACUCGACGGCCAGUGUCGUGACGGCACCCAAGGCCAACGUUUGGAGCAGCCUGACGGACGUGGAGGCGUCGUCGGUGGUGGCCUGGCUGUUUGCGCAGCCGGAGCUGAAUCUGACCGUUGCUGAGAACGCGACAGAAUGGGACAACACGCUUCUUCUGGUCGAGCUCAUGCCGCCAAACAAGACGGACGCGGUAGCCUACCUGGACGGCAACGCGACAGCACCGGUGCGGUACGUGCACGCGGUGCUGGAUAACCGGGCUUCGGAGUCGGCGACGUACCAGGACAUCCUGGUGGGUCCGCUGCCACUGGACAACGCGACGGCCUCGUGGGAGCCGCUGACGUACGUCUACAACAAGGAGGGCGGCGAUGGCAAGGUGCGAAACCUGGACGCGGACGACGACACGACCGACUCGGCAUGGCUGUACCCGAUUGGGGCGUCGAUUGCGGACAUCACCCUGGACCUGUGGAACGCAACGGCAAUGGGCCUGGACAACGAUACGUUGGAUAUCUGGGGCAUCGAUCCGCUCUGGCAAGAUGACGGCCGGGUGACGCGCUGGGACACCUUCUGGAUGGACACGACGGACGAGUUCGACUCCGGCACGUUGCUGCCGCUGGGCCUGUACUUCAAGUCGGACGUGACUGGCCGUGACCCGAGCCAGUGGAAGCUCGAGGGUUGGCUCUACAACGACAUAUUCUACCCGACCACGGAGGCCUUCCGGGCUGCCUACUGGAGCGAGGGCUUCGUCAAGCUGGGGGCCAACGUCGAGGGUGCCUGGGGCCACACCGACCAGACCGGCCCGGUCCGGCCGCUGGACACGCUCUACCCGCCGACCACUAUUGCCCCGGCUGGCAGCCGGUUCUCCGUCGACGAGGAGGAGAAGUACGUCGAGUGGAUGGGAUUCAGCUUCUACAUCUCGUUCCGGCGCGACACCGGCAUGGCCCUGCACGACAUCCGGUACAACGGCGAGCGGAUUCUGUUUGAGCUGGGCCUGCAGGAGGCCCUGGCACAUUAUGCAGGAAAUGAUCCUGUCCAGUCUGGUACGGCCUACCUCGACUCGUACUAUGGCUUCGGCCCCUACGCCUUUGAGCUCGUGCCCGGAUACGACUGUCCAGCCUACUCGACCUUUCUCAACAGCAGCUUCUAUGUGUCGGAAACGACGCACACGCAUGUCAACUCGAUCUGCCUGUUCGAGUACGACGCCGACUUCCCGAUCCAACGGCACAGCACGAGCGAGUACGUGUCAGUGACCAAGAACACGUACUUUGCCGUGCGCUCCGUCUCGACCGUCGGCAACUACGACUAUGCCUUUACCUACAGCUUCUUCCGCGACGGCUCCAUCGCCGUCGAGGUUCGCGCCUCGGGCUACAUCCAGGCGGCCUACUGGGCCCACAACCAGGACUACGGCUUCCGCAUCCAUGAUGCUCUCAGCGGCAGCAUGCACGACCACGUCCUCAACUUCAAGGCCGACUUUGAUAUUCUCGGCACGGCCAACUCGAUCCAGCUGGUCAACCAAGUCCCCGUCACCAAGUUUUAUCCCUGGAGCGGCGGCAAGCCGCGCAACACCAUGACACUCGAGCGCUCCUUUGUCCAGUCCGAAGACGAGGGCCGGUUCAACUGGGCCGACAACAACGCUGCCCAGGUCCUUGUCGUCAACCAGAACGUCACCAACGACUUUGGCGAGUACCGUGGCUACCGCAUUCUGCCCUACACAGGCACUGCCCACCUGACCGUCACCGACUCCAGCAACCUCGUCAACGCCGCCCACUGGGCCGAGUUCGACGUCCAGGUCACCCGCCAGAAGGACACUGAGCCGCGCUCUGCUUACGCCUACAACACUCAGGACGUCAACGACCCUCCCCUCAACUUUGCAAAGUUCUUUGACGGCGAGAGCCUUCUGCAGGAGGACCUCGUCGUAUGGCUCAACCUGGGCAUGCACCAUAUCCCCCAUACCGGCGACCUGCCGAACACUGUCACCACGACGGCCCACAGCGGUAUCCAGUUUAUGCCCAGCAACUACUUCAGCCUUGAUGCCAGCCGCGAAUCUGUCAGCCAGGUGCGCAUUAACUACGACAGUGGAAAGGUGACCUCUGUGAACACCUUUGGACAGAAGGACAAUAACUGCUCGCUCGACUUUGAGCCUGUUGAGCCCGAUUUGUAUUCCUACACCGGCGACGUAGUGAUCCGAAAGUUCCCUUUCGAUCCCAAUCAGCCGUACUAUGAGACCGACAGCAUCGAGUAG